AUGGGUAAUGUGGAGAGUCAGAGUGGGAGCCAUGCCUUUUACGGAGACGGUCACCGCCACCUGUCCCGCAAGCACAUGUCCCGCUCGCUACGUCUCUCCAACAAACAGUCCUACCGGUCGCGCCCCAAUCCGUCAGGCAAAGUGGAACAUCGCAACUCGGAGACCAGUACCCGGUCCAGCAGCACGCCCUCCAUCCCUCAGUCACUCGCGGACAAUGGACUCGAGCCUUUCAACGAUGCCAAUGUCUUGCCCGACUUCAGCAGUCCCAUCUGGGUGGACCGUGUGGCCAUGAACCUGCGCCCCAUGUCCUUCCAUAACGAAUUGGCUAACGCUCCAGCAGACAUGGAAACAGCAGCAGCCAAACAGACAGGGCAGGGAGAGGCUGCCCGGCAAGGUGAUGCCACCCCUCAGCAGAGGACGUCUGACGGGUCAAAAGAGGGCAUCAACUUCAAGAAGAAACGCUCAAAGUCGGCAGACAUGUGGCGGGAGGACAGCCUGGAGAUCUCAUUGUCCGAUCUCAGCCAGGACAAUUUGACCAGUACGGAAGAGAUUGUGGAUAUGACUGAUGAAAGGGACUUUACUGACUUUGAGGGGAUGUUACAGUCCAGCCCACAGGGUCUGGAACUGCUAGAUGGCAACAGAGCUAAUUCUCUAGAUGAACUAUAUGGCCCCAAAAGCCCUGCUUGUAGGCAGUCACAUGGCCGCUACAUCAAGUGGCAUAAGGGCGGUGCGGCUGGUGGGGAGAAUGAGGAUGAUAAGAUGUUAUCGCCACAAGAGGAUGAUGGCAACACCUAUGGUGCAUAUACACUGCCUUGUCGCCGCUCGCACUGCCUGUCAGAGGGACUAACCAAUCAUCAAACUGCCAUGCAAGGAAGGCGGGCCCAGACCAUACAGGAUGUCACGGCGGGAGAAGAGAGCGAGUAUGAGGACAGUGGCAUCGACAGGCUGACUGCCGAGAGCGAGUCUCAGCACCAGACGCGCCGCUACAAAACCAUGUCGGCCUCCUUCUCCAUGUACUCCACCCAGGGUGGGGGAACCUUCGCUGGCAGCGACAGCGGCAGCAGCAGCGGGGCGGGAGCCGGCGAAGGCGUACAGGGGGUGUACGAGAACUUCCGGCAGGAGCUGGAGAGGAGCUCAUGCCAGACGGAGUGUCCCGAAGAGGGGGGCUCAGGGCUGAGCGAUGAGCAGAGCAGUGGCACCCUGAGCUCCGCCUACCACACAGACCCACUGCUCAAUGUCGUCCAGGGGACGGUUCGCAAGGCUGGACGCUUGUCUGUCAAGAACUUUUUGGUGCACAAGAAGAACAAGAAGGUGGAGCUGGCCACACGCCGCAAGUGGAAAAGUUACUGGGUUUCUCUCAAAGGAUGCACCCUGUUUUUCUACGAGACGGAUGGGCGAUCUGGUGUUGACCAUAACAGUGUCCCUAAACACGCAGUAUGGGCAGAAAACAGCAUUGUUCAGGCUGUCCCAGAACAUCCCAAAAAGGACUUUGUCUUCUGUCUGAGCAAUUCAUUGGGAGACUCAUUUCUGUUCCAGACCUGCAGUCAGACAGAACUGGAGAACUGGAUCACAGCCAUCCACUCAGCCUGUGCCACGGCGGUGGCCCGCCAACACCACCGCGAGGACACUGUCCGGUUCCUCCGGGCCGAGAUCAAGAAACUGGAGCAGAAGAUUGACAUGGAUGAAAAGAUGAAGAAAAUGGGUGACAUGCAGCUCUCUGCUGUCACUGAUACCAAGAAGAGGAAGACCAUACUAGAUCAGAUUUUUCUGUGGGAGCAGAAUCUGGAGCAGUUUCACAUGGAUCUUUUCCGUUUUCGCUGUUACUUAGCCAGCCUACAGGGCGGCGAACUUCCCAACCCCAAACGUCUACUGGCCUUUGCCUCUCGUCCCACCAAACUGGCCAUGGGCCGGCUGGGUAUCUUCUCUGUCUCCUCCUUCCAUGCACUGGUGGCAGCACGCACCGAGAGCGGAGUGAGACGGCGCACGCACGCCAUGUCCCGUUCCUCCAGCAAACGCAAGAGCAGGUUCUCCUCUCUCUGGGGCCUGGACACAACUUCCAAAAAGAAAACCAAAGGCCAUCCCAGCAUUAACCAGGUGUUUGCAGAUGGCGAGGAGCCGCCGAAGAAGCCUAUGGACAGCAUGUGUGAGGAUGCUGCCACGGAAACGGCGAAAGGUGAAAAGGUUCCUGUGAAGAGCCUGUCAAGACACAGCGGGGAUCACGACAUUUGGACUUCAGACCAUCUCACCCCGUCCUGGGUGUGUCUGCCAAACGACCAGCCUGUGUUAGCCAUCAUCCAGCCAGGAGAGUCCGCUCUGGACGCACUGGAGACCAUUUGCAAAGCACACCAACUGGAUCCCACCAAACAUUACUUGCGGCUAAAGUUUCUAAUAGAAAACCAAGUGCAAUUCUACAUCCCCAAACCUGAAGAGGAUGUGUAUGACCUGCUUUAUAAGGAGAUUGAGCUGUGCUCCAAGAUUAAAAGGGUCAUCCAGUUUGACCGUGAUGAAUCCUGCAUGAUUGGUUACGGUUUCUCUAUUUCAGUGGUGGAGGAGGACAGUGUUCAACAGCUCUACAUCACUGAUGUGAAAGCCGGAGGAUUAGCCUUUGCCAAAGGACUGAAUGCAGGAGAUGAGAUUCUCCAGCUGAAUGGGAAAGACUCCAGCAGUCUGACCUUUGCCGACAUGAAAGCAGCCUUCUCGCAUGUCUCGCUCUCUCUAACAGUAAACACACUGCCCCCUGUGGACCGUCGACAGCUCUGCUAUCUGCCCCCACGCCGGUCAGAUGCCGCUGAUGAGCUCUAUACCGACAUCUUCUCCCAGAGUCAGGAGGAGAUUUUAGACGACGGCGUUGGCCUUAUUUUGGAGUUCUCAGGGGACAGUCUCGAUGAUGACUCAGAACUCUUCAGGGAAAGUGAAGAAUGUGGCAAGAGCACCGAGCAAGUUGCCGCUUUCUGCCGCAGCCUCCAUGACAUGAAUCCUUCGGAGGCCAGUUCCCCGUCGCCCAGUCCGGACUCGCCCCACCCGCCCACCGCCACCCCGCGCCAGCUCUCCGACGCGGACAAACUCCGCAAAGUCAUCUGCGAGCUGGUCGAGACGGAGCGCACCUACGUCAAAGAUCUUAACUGCCUCAUUGGAAGGUACUUAACACCACUCCAGAAGGAGAGUUUCCUCAGCCAGGACGAGCUUGAUGUACUCUUUGGGAACCUGCCUGAGAUGGUGGAGUUCCAGGUUGAGUUUCUCAAGACCCUUGAGGAUGGGACAAGAUUAGUUCCAGACCUGGAGAAGUUAGAGAGAGUGGAUCAGUUUAAAAAAAUUCUCUUCUCCUUGGGCGGCUCCUUCCUCUACUACGCCGACCGUUUUAAGAUCUACAGCGCUUUCUGCGCGAGUCACACCAAAGUCCCCAAAGUCCUGGUCAAAGCCAAGACAGAUCCUGACUUCAAAGCCUUUCUGGAUGAGCGUAACCCAAAGCAGCAGCACUCUUCCACACUGGAGUCAUACCUGAUCAAACCCAUCCAGAGAGUCCUCAAAUACCCACUCCUACUGAGAGAGCUCUACUCUCUCACGGACCCUGACAGCGAGGAACACUAUCACCUGGAUGUUGCAGUGAAAGCCAUGAACAAAGUGGCCAGUCACAUUAAUGAAAUGCAGAAGAUCCAUGAGGAGUUUGGCGCUGUGUUUGAUCAGCUCAUUGCCGAACAGACCGGAGAGAAGAAAGAGGUUGCUGACCUGUCGAUGGGGGAUUUGCUCUUGCACACAAACGUGACAUGGAUCAAUCCGCCGUCUUCUCUCGGAAAGUGGAAAAAGGAGCCACAGCUGUCUACAUUUGUUUUCAAAACUGCCGUGGUCUUUGUUUGCAAAGACUGUUCCAAACAGAAGAAAAAAAUCGGUGGUUCACACAGAAUGUCUGUUUCGGGAGAAGAGAAAGAUCCUUUCCGCUUUCGUCACAUGAUCCCCACUGAUGCUCUGCAGGUCCGAGCUCUGUCAAAUACAGAUGGAGAGGGCACAGCCAUGUGUGAGAUAGUCCAUGUAAAGUCUGAAUCAGAGGGCAGGCCUGAGAGACUUUUCCACCUCUGCUGCAGUUCUCCGGACAGUAAGAAGGAUUUUCUGAGGACGGUUCACUCCAUACUACGGGACAAACAACGCAGGCAGCUACUGAAGACUGAGAGUUUGCCCCUGAACCAGCAAUAUGUGCCCUUUGGGGGCAAACGCUUGUGUGCCCUGAAAGGUGCCCGCCCCGCCAUGAACCGAGCAGUAUCCGCUCCGACGAGGACGCUCGGCAGGAGGAAGCUGGUGAGAAACCGUUUCACCAUCGACACGGACAUCGUCUUCGACACAGACGCCAUCGGUGAAUCUCUCAGUCAGUCACCUCACGCCCAAAAGCCCCAAUCCAAACAGCCUCAGGACCAGCAGCAACAGGAGCAGCCCUCCGCCCCCCCCGCCGACACCGACCGCUGGGUGGAGGAACAGUUUGACCUGGACCGUUACGAAGACCAGGAGGACGUCAAAGAGACAGACAUCCUGAGUGACGACGAUGACUUUUGUCAGUCUGCCGCCAGCCCCUCCACCGAGCCGGACCUGGAGGGUCCCGUUUCAGCCCUGUCCCUGGAGUCUGGCACGACAGACGGAGAACAGGAGGGAGAAGCGGAAGAGGCGGAGGGCAAACUGGCCGAGGACGCGGAAAACUACAAAUCCCAGUCACCCCCUGCCAAUACGCACGCUGUGAAGCUGUCCGCCGUGGGGAAGCAGUGCGCCAUGUCUGUCGCGAGCGUGGACGAACAGGGACCCGCCGAGGACGAAGUCAUCUGGGUACGUCGCGAUGACAGCACCCCAGACGGCGACAAACAGACAGAAACCCAGAGUUAG